GUGCGUUGGACUUGAGCUCUCAGCUGCUGUAACUACAGCUAAGCCGGUUGCCACACCACGGGGCGGAAGAUAUGAGCUAAUCAGAUGGUUGUAAAUGGCUAGAAAUGUAAACGGUGGCUACUAUUAACCUCGCAUGUGGCAUUUCGCCUCACCGAGCCUUAUCAUCAUUCAAACAAUGCCAACGUGGGUUACGUGUUGCUUUUUGAUUACGAUGACUGCACCCUUAGCUUGACAGAUAGGCUAGCGUUGCUUGAACUUGAGGGGAGAGGAUCUUGAAUGGUAGUGUUAUCCCGGUCUACCGUAACGCAUCUUCGUGUCUCUUGUUUCACAUGAGCUGCGUACGCCAAUUCAAAGUAUCUGGAGCGAGAAUGAUUACACCAAGCAAGAAUAACAAUUACAAGGAGUUUGAAUGUGGAUUUUCUUUUAGAAUGGGAAAAUGCAAUAUCCGAAACAUUUUAUGGAAACGGAUAUCCCUCUACCGGAAGUCCCACCCUCUCCCGCUAAUAACCCUUAUUUGGAGCAUCCCGUUAGUUGCGUCCCCUGCGAGAAGAACGCCUGGGAACCGGGACGAAUGUAGAUUAGACUCGAUUUGGGCCAUAUGGUCAUGUCACGCUAUAAGCGUUGAUUAGUGUGCGCUCCUCUUCACAAUUGGAUUAGUUUAAAGUCUGUUGCGACGACCGUUAUUAGCAUUUGGCGAUCGCUUAAACAAUUUUUGUUCUCAGCCUUAACUUGGUCUGAACUGGUAAUGGGAGGUUAAGAGCUCUGGAAAGCGAGGCAAGCAUUGAUGACUCUAAAGGGCUUAACAUUCUCGGCUGUUGAGAAAUGUGAGGGAUUUUAUGAUUUUUUCAAGAUGAGAGCUCAUUGUAUUGGUCAUGAAUACCAUGAGCAUAUCGAGGAUGCAACAUGAUCUGCACGCAAGGCUUGGACACUAGUGACGAACACGUUGGACCGUGAGACAUUUUCUUAUACAGGUGCAUAGCCGGAGAGGUACCGCCCAUCGAUGGCCAAUCACUCGCCUCCUGGCUUUCUGUGUUAAAAAGGUGAAGGAUUCUUGAGAUACUACAGCUACCUGCCAUGGAGGAAGACCAGAAUAAGACGGCCACGCCUGAGCACAGUCCGGUCCACAGCUCUGUUCCAAGCCCGGCUGCCAGCCCACUGCCCAACCCAAUCCCGGACAGAAUCGUCCUGCCGUCAACUAACAAUGUGGAGAACACCUUGUCCUCCCUCUCCUGCGUCCCUCUCCUCCAGCACCUCAACGUCAACCAGAUCCAGGUGGUGGUGCGCCGUAGCUCCACCCCCAACGUCACCGAGGAGACCACCUACUUCCUGCCCCGCAACGCCGUGGUCGACGCCGGCACCAACACGGACCCCCCCGUGGUGUGCUGCCCGCUGCUCCGCAAGGUCUGCCCCUGCCCCCCCAGGGGCCUGCUGGCCUCGCUGAUCACUAAAGUGAUUCUGGCUGCGGUGCUCUUCGGCGUGGUGUGGGCCAUCACGGAGAAGGAGUGCCUUCCGGGGGGGAACCUCUUCGGCAUCACCGUGCUCUUCAUAUGCGCCGUCACCGCCGGCAAGCUGGUGGGCCUCAUCCGCCUGCCCGGGCUGCCCCCCUUCCCACCUCUGCUGGGCAUGUUGCUGAUGGGCUUCACAUUGAGGAACAUCCCCGUGGUAACCGAUGCCGUCUACAUCGACUUCAAGUGGUCGGCGUCUCUCAGGAACAUCGCCCUUGCCGUUAUCCUAGCCAGAGCUGGGCUGGGCUUGGACCCUUCGGCGCUGCAGAAGCUGAAGUCGGUGUGUUUGCGGCUGGCCUGUGGGCCGUGUAUCCUGGAGGCGUGCACCGUGGCGGUGGUCUCCCACUUCCUCAUGGGGCUGCCCUGGGUGUGGGGCUUCAUCCUUGGCUUCGUCCUGGGGGCGGUGUCCCCGGCGGUGGUGGUGCCCUCCAUGCUGGGACUCCAGAAGGACGGCUACGGCCUGGAGCAGGGCAUCCCCACGCUGCUCAUGGCGGCGGGGAGCUUCGACGACAUCCUGGCCAUCACCGGCUUCACCACCUGCCUGGGAAUGGCCUUCGCCACGGGCUCCACGUGGUACAACCUGUUGAGGGGGGUGCUGGAGGUGGGUGGGGGCAUGUUGGCUGGCAUCCUGCUGGGAUUCCUCAUCCAGUAUUUCCCCAGCGUUGACCAGAAACACCUGGUGAUGAAGCGUUCCUUCCUGGUGCUGGGUCUUUCUGUGUUCUCCGUGUUUGGGAGUGGAGUCGCAGGCUUCCCCGGUUCUGGAGGACUGUGUACUCUGGUGCUGGCUUUCCUGGCUGGGUUGGGCUGGGGCAAGGACAAGAUUCACGUGGAGGAGGUGGUGGGGACAGCCUGGGAUGUGUUCCAGCCCCUGCUGUUCGGUCUGAUCGGAGCAGAGAUCAGGAUCUCCCAGCUGGAGGCCCACACAGUAGGCCUGGGCAUCGCCUCCCUCCUCAUCGCCCUGGUGGUGCGCGUCCUCUUCACCUAUGUGUGUGUGCUCUUUGCUGACUUCAACACCAAGGAGAAGCUCUUCAUCGCCCUGGCCUGGAUGCCGAAGGCCACUGUGCAGGCGGCCAUCGGCUCCACAGCGCUAGACAUGGCCAGGAUCAAAGGGGACCCCGUGCUGGAGCGCUACGGUAUGGACGUGCUGACGGUGGCCGUGCUGGCCAUCCUCCUCACCGCCCCCGUGGGGGCCCUUGCCAUCGGCCUGGCCGGCCCCCGCCUGCUGCAGAAACCGAGUAGCCCGAGCUGGGGUGAGCCCGUCAAACACAACCUCUCCUCCUUCCUUCUGGGUGUUGCCGCGGCUACAGAUGGAGACGAAGAAACUCCCGUCAGUUAUGAAAGUACGCUCUGAGUACACUACGUCAUGAGAGUGCUGCAACCAUUUCUUAUUCAUAAUGGAUGUAACCAAAAGGAAAGAAAGUGUGUUUACCUAUGUUGUAGUUAGUUGGAGGCUAUGUGGUUAAAAACAAAACUCAAUUUUAUUUUUUAUUAAACGGUUACAAGGCCAUUACGAAUCCACUGUUAUGCAACUGAAAUGCAAUAAUUUAUGAAUAUAUUUUUAACUACUGAUAUUCUCUUCGCAGAAAGAGCUAUAGUUACAAGCAAAUACAAUAAGCUGACAUUUGAAUGGCGUACUUAUUCUUUUCACUGUUUUGUAUUUAAGACAAUGUACUAGGUUUUUUUUCUACAGUGUUUUAUCAGAUUUUACACUUGGUAUUUCCCAGCUACGGGUUUUUUUGUUUAUUUUAAUUACAAGUAUGAGAUUGCGAUUCUGAAUUAGCGGGGAAAAAAAAUCAAUCAUUUUUUAAAGAAAUAAAUGAAUAAGACAUUUGUUUUCAGUAAUACCCAAACAAUUUGUUCAUGAUAUAAAAGAUGUUCAUUUCAUUAUAUCUAAAAAAGCUUUUGUUUUAGUUUAUCUGGAUUCUUUGAAAAUCAUGCAGUCUUUUUAUAUUCAUAAUUUACAUGUUCUCGUACAACUAAUCUGUUAUGUCUAUCUGUUAUUUAUGAAAAAAGUUCAGGAAAUAUGUUGAGCUUUAUAUCGAAACAAAAAAUAAACAUGUCCAAACUGUACCAAAACUUGACAUGUCAAAUGUUUGUUUCACAAGGUAUAUGGUCCAAGAAACAACACAAUGAUGGUUUACUUUCACAAAAGUUCAUUUAGAAAUGGCCAGAUCUUUAUUUUGUCGAUAAGAAAAUAAAAGUGCUACAAUACCAGUUA